AUGGCGGCCACACCAAAGGCAACCAGCUCGGCCGGUGCCACCGCCGCGGAGACUGGGAAACGUUCCCUAAAAUGGCGGACAGCGCGAACGCAGGCGCGGGCCGAGGUGGCAGGGCGGGGCGGGGCGUCCGCUCACGGCGCCCAGCGGAGGCGACGGGGCGGGGUGGAGGCGCCGACUGUCCCCAUGGCGGCUGCGCCGGAGGCCGGGGAGCCCGGGAAGGGGAAGCCCUUUAAGCUCCUAGGAAUUUUAGACGUUGAAAACGUCCCCUGUGCACGGGAUUCGAUAUUGUAUGGCUCAUUGGGAUCUGUUGUGGCUGGCCUUGGACACUUUUUGUUAACUAGUAGAAUUAGAAGAUCAUGUGAUGUUGGAAUAGGAGGAUUUAUCUUGGUGACUUUAGGAUGCUGGUUCCAUUGUAGGUAUAAUUACGCAAAGCUAAGAAUCCAGGAAAGACUUGCCAGAGAAGGAAUUAAAAACAAGAUUUUAUAUGAAAGUACCCACCUUGAUCCUGAAAGAAAACAAACCAACAGCAGCAGCAGCAGCAACUGAGCAGUCUUGAGCACAGAAAACCCAGAUACAACUCACUUCGGUGUGAACAAAGCCGAGAUCAACUAUAGAAAG